AUGGCUGCCACAGUGGACGUACCUCCCCCGUACGACUUGGAUGCCCCUCCCUCGUACGAAUCUGUCGUUGGGAAGAUUGAUACCCUGGUCAAAAAUGACCCUACGUGCGAUGGUGCGAUGAAGGCUUUUAACGGGCUCAGCGACGCUGAGAAGAAAGUUCUAAUUUCUCAUGAUCUUGACGGGAUUCAUUUUGACCCUGAACAGGAGAAAAGGUUUCGCAGAGGUUUUGCCGAGGCUUUCGCCAAGGCGAGGGACCAUCUCAAGUGGGACGCCGAGGGCUGUGCCAACUUCUGUUUUGAUCGCGUGAUUAUAAAAAUUGCGGCCGAUAAAAGCAUCCCCAUUGACAAAAGAAAGGAGACAAUCAACAAUUUCAUUAAGGAUGCUGAAGCCCUCGAGGAUAAAGCCAAAGGGAUUCAUGACGACUUUAAUAAGUUCCUUUCUGCUAUGACGGCUUAUACUGGUCGCUUCGAAGCCUGGGCGGUCAGCAAAGAGGGUGCUCUCAACAAAGAUAUUGCAGAGCUUUUCGAGGGGAUUACAAAACUGGACUCGAAUAUAAGCCGACUCAAAGCGUGGCUUAUCGGUGCGUUUGGUUUAGGCACUGCAUCCGUUCCCGCUCUGAGUCUGGCUGUUGCCGCUGCGGGACCCUGGCUACCCGUCAUUGCUGCGGCAGGUUUGGUUAUUAGCAUGGGCACAACCACCGCCAUGGCGUGCCUGGCAGCCAAGAUUACCGACUUUGAGCAGGAGAAGAAGAAAAAGGAGGAACGGAUUGAGGAGGCCAACAUGCAUAUCAGUAAAAUUGGGAAGUCGCGCCAAGAGCUCACAAAGCUCGGGAUAGUGUUACAGAGGGAUGUCGCCAGAGUCGUGGGCAUUAUCAACACUGCCCGGCAGUACUGCCAGAACGAUGCGGUCGAGAUCAUGAUGUGGCUUGAGGAUGGAGAAAACGAGGCUGAUCUUCCUAAGUACAUGGCCUUUGACUUAGGUCAGGCGAAUGGCAUCUACACGGUAGUUGGCGAGUACUUGAAAGUGUAUGCUGAUUGUCUGGCAAAUACCAGCAAUCCUGUGACCGCUGCCCAGUAG